UGCGCCGCUCCUGCUGUCGGCAGGCCUGGAGGAGGAGGAGGAGGAAGAGGAGGAGGAGAAGGAGAAGGAGGAGGAGGGUUGCUUUUCCCCUCUCCUUGAGAUCCUAGUCCGGCAGGUACAUCCUCACGGAGGUACUGGCGACCUGUUUGUCGUGCAGAAAUUCUUUCUAUAUGGAUCAGCCUUCUAGUGAUGGUGAAACUGGAAGAAGACCACUCUGAGCAAACCCAGGAUGAAUCGGGUGCCAGGUGAUGCAGAAAAUGCUCACAGUAGCAGUGUGGAAUCUUGUCCUUCCUUGCGGGAUGUCCACUCCAUCAACCCAGCGCAGCUGAUGGCAAGGAUUGAGUCAUAUGAAGGCAGAGAGAAGAAAGGCAUAUCGGAUGUCAGACGGACUUUCUGUUUGUUUGUAACAUUUGAUCUCUUAUUCAUAACCUUGCUGUGGAUAAUAGAAUUAAAUGUAAAAGGAGGCAUUGAGACUACCUUAGAGAAAGAAGUCCUACAUUAUGACUACUCUUCUUCAUAUUUUGAUAUAUUUCUACUGGCAGUCUUUCGAUUUAAGGUGUUAAUACUUGCAUAUGCAAUGUGCAGACUGCGCCAUUGGUGGGCAAUAGCUUUUACAACAGCAGUGACCAGUGCCUUUUUAUUAGCAAAAGUAAUUAUUUCACAGCUGUUCUCACAGGGUGCUUUUGGCUAUGUGCUGCCCAUCAUAUCCUUCAUACUUGCCUGGAUUGAAACUUGGUUCCUGGACUUUAAAGUGUUACCACAAGAAGCUGAAGAAGAAAACAGAUUUUUGAUAGCACAGGAUGCUUCUGAACGAGCAGCUCUUCUUCACCCAGGAGUCCUCUCUGACGGGCAGUUCUAUUCUCCUCCUGAAUCUGUAGCAGGAUCUGAUGAAGACUCGGAAGAAAAACAAGACAGUGAAAAACCGAUUGUAUAGCAAAUAUGAGAAAGCAGAAAGAAAAUCUUGGAAGGAAGUUGUUGGGCUUUGGAAACUGGCAACCGAGUCUGUGGCUGACUUGCUGGUGGAGCUGCUGACAGGAGAAUUUACUCCUUAGAAAGUAAAGGGAAUGGUUCCCAUGUACUGUAAUACCUCAUGAAGAUGUACUUUGUUGACAUAUGUAUAUUAGGUUGCCUCCCAGGUGGUAUGAAAGUAUUCGUCCACAAUGUAUUUUAUUAUUCCGUGAUUCCUGAAGUUGAUCUUCUAAUGACUAGGUAAUUACUGGAAAGUGUUGUCUUGUGUACCUAAUCAAGAGACUGGUAAUAUAAUGAAGUAAAACUUCUCUGUCGUGGAAGUAUAUUUAAUAAUUGUUGGGGCUCACUAGAUAAAAUUAUUUUAUGUUAUUGCAAUUUGUCAUUAGUUUUAUGUUUACUUUUUUUUUUAACUCCAUGCAUUUUCUUUUUUUUUUAAUGGAUAUGUUCACUUUCUAAAAUAAAGAUGUUAAAACAUG